AUGGAGAAGAACCAUCGGCAUCCAGCUCCACAUAGCAUGUCGCUAUGCUUGCUAACCAAAACAACUUGUGGAUUUUGCGGGUUUUCUUAUCAAAACCAUGAUGACCUCAUUGCACACAUAGAAUACAGUCAUAUACCUGCUAUUACGAGUGCAAAAAUGGCCACGCCAAACCCUAGUGAUGCUUCAAGAAAAGUCAACAUUUCGACUUUGAGCGAAGUAUGCAGGCUGUUUACCACACCAUACAACCCUGCUCCAUGCACAAAGGAAGAGCCUGUGCGAUUGACGUUCAAUCACUACCAAAGGUCAAGACUAGUGCAACGUUCAACACCCACUUCUAGAGAUGUAUCGCCAUGUCCCAUAGAGGGUUGUGGAAUGGUUCUGGAGAGCAAUGACGAAUGGAGGACACAUUUGCGUUGUUUUCAUGGACUUCCCGAGAAAGUGCAAUUGACUGACAUUAGCAAUACGUCAGGACGUCCACAUUUCGUAGAGCAGCAAAGCUUUCGAUGUGUUACCUGCCGGAAGUACUUCAGAACAGAACGUAGAUUUACUGAGCAUAAGGAGAAGUGUCAUAAAAAACGUGAGUUGACCGUAACUGACGCAAAGACUCUACCUGAAAAAGCACCUCAAGAGAAAGAUAUCAUACUGAUCAAAGCUGAACCGGAUGAUGAUAUUUUUGAAUCUUCCUCUCCUGUAAUUGAAGAGAAGCCUUCAGUCCCAGAAACGUUGAUCAAAGAGGAGCCAUGCGAUGAUCAGGAGAAACAGAUUGCGACUGAAACUGUACAGGCGCAAACGAUUGCUGAAGUACAACCUAUUGCCCCUCCAUCCGAGCAGAUGUUCACCAAUGCUCCAACAAGUGGUCAUCAUCUUCGUCAACUAUUGAUGCAGCAUAGGCGUACACUCAUGGAAGACGAACUGAAUCAAAAUGAUCAAGAGAAGCCAGAAUAGACAAAUGACAUAUUCAUAUGCUGUUCGAUAAAGUGGAUGUGAUAUGGGGCCCG